AUGUCUUCCCCAACUCAUAAUGCAAAAGAAAUAUUGCCUUCCGACGAGCGCCGCGUCGUACUUAUUACCGGCUGCUCUGCUGGAGGCAUCGGCCAUUAUCUAGCUGCUGAGUUUGCCAAGCAAGGCUGCAAGGUGUUUGCAUCGGCGCGCGACACAAGCAAAAUCGACUGCGGUCUGGUUGAAAAGGGCAUAGAGAAUGUCGAGCUCGAUGUAACCAAGGCCGACUCUAUUAGAGCUGCGGUUGAUCGAGUCAUCCAAGAGUCAGGUCACAUUGACAUUUUGGUCAACAACGCCGGCUUAAUCUCGUUUGGCCCGGCCGUUGAGACUAAUAUUGACAAGGUUGAGCAGAUUUUUGAAACGAAUUAUGUGAGCAUUGCGCGAAUGUGUUGUGCUGUUGCCCCGCACAUGAUGGACCGCCGCCAGGGAACUAUUGUCAACAUUGGAUCGAUUGAGGGCUAUGUAUCCUCGCCGUGGUCUGGUCAUUAUGCUGCGUCCAAGGCCGCCGUGCACACUUUGAGUGAUGCCCUGCGCAUCGAGCUCGCACCCUUUAAAGUCAAAGUUGUUGUUGUGGCACCGGGUGCAACACACUCCAACAUUGUCGACAAGCAAAUUAACCAAGAACUGGUCCCAGCCAACUCGCGCUAUGCCAAGGCACUGGAUGAUAUUCGCGAGCGCAUGGUUUAUUCCCAGACUGGCGCGUCGAUGGCCACCAGUCGCUUUGUGCGUCUUGUUGUGCCGCAUAUUCUGGCUCGUCAGCCGCCGGUGUACGUCACUCGUGGUGGUGGCGCACUCACAUCAUGGCUGAUGUAUUAUUUGCCGUCAAGCGUCUGUGACAUUAUUAUGAGUCAGCGCUAUGGCUUGAACAAAUUGACCAUUGAGUUGGCUGCUGGUAACUACAAAGGUGCUCGCACUCAGACCUAUAAUCCACCAGCCAGGCUGUUGAAUAUUUUGCACACUACCAAUCCCCUGACACUACUGGCAAUUAUUGGUGUUGGGCUGGUCGUCUUUGCGUACUACUAUGCAGCAAUUUAUGCCAGAAUCACCACCAUGCUGUUCCGAGGCUAA